GUUGCGAUGGCAGGCAGGCUGGCAGCGCGCGGGGCGGCGCGCGUGUCUCGGUCUCAGUAGAUUGCGUGAGCCGAGCCGCGCCGGUCGCACACGGCACACAGCCGCGCGCUCCCGCCACACGCGACCGAAAACUUCGCUCGCGACACACGCGUCUGCACCGCCGUCUGCGCCGUGCACCGCUCAUCUCCACCACUGACAUCACGUCCUCACGGGCCGAAAUCGGGCCCGGGCCGAGACGAGCCGGCGCCACACAACAAACCGCUUAAAAACUCGUAAAACCCGCGGCACGCGCUCCCGACUCGUAAAAUAAUCGUAAAAAGUAAACACACGUCAACUGGCCUUUAUCGCCGGCGAAGCCCAUUAUGACGCUUGAGUGACGUUUAAGAGGCAAUAAAAUUAAUAAAAUUAAAUUACAUUGUCCAUAUUUGGAGUGACAUUGGCGGAGGUCGCGUUAUCGUGGCGCGUGGGGCCGCGAUGACAUAAGUGUUCCCUGAGUGACGUUAGUGUCGGUGACCGGUCAGAAUGAACUCUUAUUUCGAGCAGGGUGGUUUCUACGGGGCGCAUGGGGUUCACCAGGGUGGUGGCGGCGGCGACCAGUACCGCGGCUUCCCCCUGGGCCUCACGUAUGCCCAGCCCCAUACGCUGCACCAGCCCAGGCCGCAGGACUCGCCUUACGAUGCCUCAGUGGCGGCGGCAUGCAAGCUCUACGCUGGCGAACAACAGUAUCCGAAGGCGGACUGUUCCAAGCCAGGGGGUGAACAACAGAAUGGCUACGGAGGCAAGGAGGCAUGGGGCUCGGGUCUCGGAGCACUGGUGAGGCCAGCGGCGUGCACGCCUGAAGCGCGGUACAGCGAGUCUUCGAGUCCUGGAAGAGCCCUGCCGUGGGGGAACCAGUGCGCACUCCCAGGAUCUGCAGCCACAGCAGCGCAGCCAGUACAGCAUCAACCCACCAACCACACCUUCUACCCUUGGAUGGCCAUAGCAGGAGCAAACGGCCUUAGAAGACGAGGAAGACAAACGUAUACUAGAUAUCAAACGCUAGAGUUAGAGAAAGAGUUCCACACGAAUCACUACCUCACGCGGAGGAGACGCAUCGAAAUGGCGCAUGCGUUAUGUCUCACAGAGCGGCAAAUAAAAAUAUGGUUCCAGAACCGAAGGAUGAAGUUAAAGAAAGAGAUCCAGGCUAUAAAAGAGUUGAAUGAGCAGGAGAAACAGGCGCAAGCUCAGAAAGCGGCGGCGGCGGCGGCAGCGGCCGCGGCUGCUGCCCAAGGCCACCCCGAGCACUAAACCGCCUAGCUCACGUGUCGUCCAGUGAUACAAUCGCAGUUCGCUAAACACUCUCUAGCUUUGUGUUUGUAAAUUGUUUGUAAUUAUUAUUUUUUUCGUUAUUUAAGUGUUGUUCGGUUGUUGUGAUUACUUUUAAAUUAAUUAAUUAGACGCAAUUGUUUUUUAAUUCAUUGAAGCGAACAAUAAACUGUUGAAUGGUAUAGACUGCAAACGGGUCGUAUUAUUUGUGUUUCGGAUGUUUUGUUUUUGUUGAGUUAUUGAUUUUUUUUUAUUAAUAUUUUAAUUCGCGUAAUCAUCGAAGAGGAUCGCGUUCGGAAACCAGUGCAAUUUGUAGAAAUCAUUUCUGUGUAUGAUAGCGUAGGUGUAUCGUAGAGCGUUUAUAUAUAAAGUGCGGCGUUCCCGCUCGACACCAAUGGCGACACGAACUAUAUUUACAUUGUACAAAUUUAAUAUGCCUACCAAAGAGACCCGGUCUCGUACCCGUAACGCUAAGUAAAUAAAGAGUCGUAAGUUAAUUAACCGCUAAUGUAAUGACGGACAGAGUGAAACAGAAUCAUCUUCCGCGCCAUCUAAUCCUUCAAUACUCUCGCAUAAGUAUAGUGUAAACGUGAUCGUGUUCCUGCAGUUUUAAUAGUCGGUGAAGUUAAACAAAUUGCCAUAAAUAUAAGUAGUUAUUAUUUAGCCAGUAGCAGUGUAAAUAAUUAGGAUAACGUCCACGUUAAUGGAAGUGAGCGGUUCGCGAUUGCGCCGGCGCCGUGGAAUGAGCAGAAAAAGCUUCGAGGCGAGUGCGAGGCGAGAGAGGGGAGAGCGAGGGACGUGCGGGGGGCACGCAUGCGGAGGGGAGCGCGCUGCAGGCCACCGAACAGGACUAGGUCGCCGUCGCGUGUAGAGCGUUGUCGAUGCUUUGGUAGGUGUUAGGGGAGAUGAGUUAGCGCAAGUGCCCCGCGGUUUGCCAGCGACGUGACUUGUAUCUUUACAAUAAGUUCGGAAUAUGGUAAACCACUUCUCGAGCCGACGGUCCGUAAGUCAGCGCUCCAUGCGAUACACGGGUGUCGAAGUGUUUCGCUCACGUCGCUGUCGCUCGACUCCGCAUGCUUUGUACACGUCGCGGGAUCAAGAUAUCAAAAUCGACUGUCGAAUAA